AAUGGCGCCUACAUCCAAAGUACAGCUGACGGAAGAACAACGUCAAGCCUACCAAGAGGCGUUCUCUCUCUUCGACCAGGACGGCGACGGAACGAUCUCCUCCACCGAGCUCGGCACUGUCAUGCAGAGGCUAGGCCGCAAGACCACCGAGGCCCAGCUCGCCGACAUCAUCCGCGAGAUUGACGCAGACCGCAAUGGCGCGAUCGACUUCAACGAGUUCCUUGAGCUCAUGUCGCGCGCGGCGCCACGGGCGGAGGACGAAGAGCUCGAGGCGGCGUUCAAGGUGUUCGAUAAGGACGGGAGCGGAAAGAUCAGCGUGAGCGAGCUGGGGAGUGUGAUGGAGAGCUUGGGGGAGAAGUUGACGCCUGAGGAGGUGCAGGCGAUGAUCAAAGAGGCGGAUUUAGAUGGGGAUAACGAGGUCAGCCUUACAGAGUUCAAGAAGAUGUUGUCGGACAUACAGAUGAAGUA